AAAUAAGAUUAGUCCCCAUUGCCUUCUUAAUAAAAGAGUAACUCAAUUUCGAGCAAUUUUAAAAUUGAAUUAGUUAUCCAAUUGAGGCCCGAAGAGCGGCGCGGAGACGAGAAAUGUUUGUCCGCUUGCAUUUAAAGGAGGAGCGAAGAGGCCGAGGGCUGGACCAAAUCCCGAAUCCACCUCGUCAGUUUGAACUGUUUUGCGUUGGGGUGAGCCAGCCCGCUCUCAUUGAUCGCAUCUGCUUUGCAACAUGUUGGGUCCGUGGAGUUCGACCCUGAGUGCGGCUAACCCGCCCCUUGAGCCUUACACACAGUGCUCCAGAGUGCCCGUCACCUCAGACAACACAUGCAAUUUCUCUGUGAGCCGGCUAUUGCAACUUGACCGUGCGGCAGCAGCCCCACCUGUGGCUCCUCCAGCCGCGCCUGCUGGAUCACAUCAAAGCAGGGGCCAUCUCCUUGAGUCUGACCGCAGCGAAGACGACGACGAAUCCUUCUGCAGGGACGACCUGAGCACCUCAGGGUCUCCGUCCGUGGCUCGUCAUCGCCGCCAACCAGGCAUGCCACCCUCAGGGUGCUCUCAGGGAAAGCAGCGCAGGAACAGGACUACUUUUUCCACCACCCAACUAGCUGCUUUGGAGAGAGUCUUCGAAAGGACGCAUUACCCUGACGCGUUUGUCAGGGAGGAACUUGCCCGGCGAGUCAACCUGAGCGAGGCUCGAGUACAGGUCUGGUUUCAAAAUCGACGUGCCAAGUUCCGGAGAAACGAACGAAGCCUUUUGUCUCAAAGGGGCUGCUGUCCUUCUCCGCAGCAGAGCAGCGGCAUCAGUUUAGCUCCAAGGGAUUCUACGCUGCUGCACCUAGCACAAAGCGACCAAGUGCCGGUGGUAGGUUCGCCAGCUGGUUUAGAUUACACGCCGUUUGUGACCUCGCAAUGCUGGAAAACAGCCACGUCGUCUGCCACACAAUUUCACUCAUCGCCGCCGUCAUGCGCUCUCAUGACGGCUGCUUAUGGUGCUAGUCCAUCACCUUACAGUGUUUCUUCGAGCAUUGCCAGCUUAAGAUUCAGAGCUCAAGAAUAUCAACAUGGACAUCAAAAUUCUUUGUAACCAUCCAAUUUGUAUUUUUAUUGUGUCAACGAAAUCUUGCAAUAAAUUGUGGAUUUGUGAAAGUAA